UACGCUGUCUCAGCCGCCAUUGUGGAACCUGGCAAUCCCGGCUAGUAUAUUACACAUCAUUACUGUACGAUGCUUAUUACUGUGUGAUCCCUGACCAGGGCUGAGAAAAUUGAGCUGUGAGAAAUGAGAACAUCAAUACAAGAAGCAUGGACAAGACUAAGAGGAUCUUAAAUCUUACCCUGGAAAUCAUCUACCUGCUGACUGGGGAGGAUUACACAGUAGUGAGGAAGACAUCCAGUGAGUGUGAGACUCCCAGCAGUCGCCCCCGUGUGUUAGGAGGACUGAGCAAGACUCAGAGCCCCAUCACUGUGCCUCUACCUUACUCACUGAUACAUGAGAGACACAAUGACCAGAAGAUCCUGGAUCUCACCAACAAGAUCAUUCAGCUGCUGGCUGGAGAGAGUGAAGACCUGACUAUCAUUAAGGUAGAAGAUACAGAGGGAGAAGAAGAGACUUAUGUGAGGGGUGAUCAACAGUGUAAUGAGGAUGAAAUCCCUACAGAUAUCAGCACAGAUGGGCCCAGUAACAGAGAUACCCCAGAGAGAUGUCCCCGUCCUCUGUAUUCCCAGGAUUGUACAGAGGAGAAUCACAGGAUCCCACAGGAGGAUCAGGAUGAAGAUCUAACUGAUAUUAAGGUGGAAAUUAUAGUGGGAGAAGAAGAGACGUAUGUGAGGGGUGAUCAGCAGUGUAAGGAGGAGGAAAUCCCUACAGAUAUCAGCACAGACAAUGUCACCAGCAGGAGAACCUCAGGAGAGCAUCUCAGUUUGUCCACAGAUUUGGCAAAGGAUGAUAACAUCACCCGGGAGAACGCCAUUCCGGUCAAUGUACGUCCAGCACCUCGCAGUGCACAUUCAUCAUCAUCAUCUGAUCCCUGUGAUCCAGAGACGUUCCUUCCUGAUCGCGCCGAGAUGGCUGCGGCUAGUGCGGCUCAUGCAGGCGACGACAUCUUCUCCUGUUACGAGUGUGGGGAAUAUUUCAUACACCAGUCCAGCUUUGUGAGGCACUUGCAGACUCACACAGGUAACAGAAGCUUUCCCUGCCCUGAGUGCGGGAAAUGUUUUACCGGUAAAUCCAGUCUGAUCUCCCAUCAGAGGACUCACACGGGCGAGAAGCCGUUCCCCUGCUCCGAGUGCGGGAAAGGGUUUACGCAGAAAUCGUAUCUGGUCACCCAUCAGAGGAUCCACACGGGCGAGAAGCCCUUCCCCUGCUCCGAGUGUUGCAAACAGUUUACACGAAAGUCUGACCUCGUCAAGCACCAGAGAAUUCACACGGGGGAGAGGCCGUUUCCCUGCUCCCAGUGCGGCAAGUGGUUCAAGUGGAAAUCGAACCUGGCCACGCACCUGAGAUUUCACAGGGGCGAGAAGCAGUUCCCCUGCUCGGAGUGUGGCAAGUGCUUCACGCAGAAGUCAGACCUCGAAAAGCACCAGAGGAUACACACCGGCGUGAGGCCGUUUCCCUGCCCUGACUGCGGGAAGUGGUUUACCAGGAAGUCGCAUCUCGUUGUGCAUCAGACGACUCACGCAGGAGAGAGGCCGUUUACAUGAGCAUGUGGGCACGAAAUCCGGCUACACCGAUCCUCCUUCAAUAUUUAUAAAAUCGGAAAAUUGUAAUUGUUUUACUGAAUGCGUGAGCUCCUAUCCCAAAAAGUAACUUGACAUCACUGAGUUAUGCUGGAGUUCCAACCCGUACGGAGCUCCUUGUCGCUGCAGAAGACCCACAUGACAUGCCUAGACCUCAUUUUCCCGUUUCCUUUCCAGAAACUGGCAAGAGGGCAUCGGUUUUUGGAUCUGACUCAAGCUGAGGACCAUAUUGUAGAACAGUGGUAGCCAACCUUUGGCACGCCAGCUGCUGUGGAGCUACACAUCCUAGCAUGCCCUGCCACAGUUUUGCUGUGCAUUACAGUGUAAAGGUGCCAGGCUAACCAUAUAGCAAAGAUUGGUUCAUUAAAGGGGCUUGGGCAUAACCCACUUUAAGCACUGUUGGCCUUCACAUGUAGCUGGCUCGAUGGUUCCUUUUGGAAUUACCCAACCUCCACCAAAAUCUGGUCUGCAGUAGAAUGUGAAGGGCUGGGAAUAACGAAAAAAAGUGUUUUGGCCUCUGCCGUUCUUGCACACUUAGAGGUUUAUUUACUUAGCCUUGGAUGGAGAUAAAGUAUCAGCCAAUCAGCUCCUAACUGCCAUGAUACAGGCUGGGUUUGAAAAAUGUCAGUUAGGAGCUGAUUGGCUGGUACUUUAUCUCCAGCCACUUUAUCUCCGUCCAAGUCUUAGUAAAUAGACCCCCAAGGGCCUUACAAUCGCAGAACUGAAUCUGAAUUAGCCCCUUAUUCCAUAACCCAAACUUUAUUAUUCAUUAGAGAACUUAGUGUACACUAACAAAAGCCGCCGGUUCUCAGUAGGAUUGACCUCGAAGUUUAAAGCGGCACUAAGGUUAGAUGCAAAUCUCCAGCAUGCUUUGCAGGUAAGAUCAGCACCACUUUAACUUGUGAUGCCAAGCCCACGGGGGAAGCGCCAACUUGCAAUGGUCUCUGCUUCCCAAAAAUACCCCCUUGAAUCCUCAAAAAAAAUAUGGAAGCCUGGCAGUAACGAGGAGGAUGAGAACGAAGCAAGCAGGGACUUAACCUUUUUACGACAGCUGUGAUGUUAUAAAUGUAGGAUGUUCUAAAAACCGCGACUUAGAACACCGUGUAAGCAGCCAUUGUAUGUGCUGAACCAACAUGAGAGAACAUCCUGUCCAUUCACUAGGAACCUGAGGCGUGGGGAGGUACCCAAUGAGAAGGCUAGCAGUGUUCUGUGGCUUCCUGUGCUGUGACCCUUCUGCUUUGCUUACUGUGCUGUUUGUAUAUACUGUAUGGCAUUUUUAUAUAAAUCCUUACCCUUUGUGCACUGUAGGCUGCAUAGUCGACUAACAGAAUAUUUUAGGGUUAGUAUUCAGUUUUGUAUCUGUUCCUUUAAUAUUCUGUAUAUACUAAGUAGAUGUAACUAGGUGUGUGUGUGUGUGUGUGUGUGUGUGUGUGUGUGUGUGUGUCAUAAUAUACAGUAC